CAGCCGUUUGUUUACCAUCCCUAGCUUCCCCCUCUUCGGAGUGCUCUGGGCAAGUGUACGUUCAGUUCUUCGCUGAUCGAGCGGAGGUCUCACUGUAGAGUGUCUGGUUUUCACAAGAAAAAAACAACUAAAACACUUAGAAGCCCUCAAUUUUUGCUGUUCAUCAACUGAUUUGGAGAAUAAAAGUCUGAUUUUUGGAAUAAACCUUCACCGUUGCUUGCUAAAACAAGCCAUGAUAAAUGUUUUACAGAAGAGCUGAAACCUUUCAAACGACACCCAUUCAAGCUUCAGCAUUGAUGUAAGAGAAGCUAGUCAAAGAUUGCAAGAUGACGGAUGAGCCGAUUAAAGAGAUCUUGGGAAGUUCCAAGUGUCCUCAGUGUGCAACACAGGAAAAAAGCAACAACAAUGACUACAGGGUAAUAACUGUCCCUUUGGUGAGUGAAUGCCAACUGACGGCUGCUACAGGGGGAGCUGAACUCUCCUGUUACCGCUGUACAAUCCCAUUUGGGGUGGUGAUCCUCAUUGCUGGGGUGGUGGUCACUGCUGUGGCAUAUAGCUUCAACUCCCAUGGAUCCAUCAUCUCCGUGUUUGGUUUGAUUCUCUUGUCAUCUGGACUCUUUUUGCUGGUGUCAAGUGCAUUAUGCUGGAAAAUCCGCCAGCACCACAAGAAGACCAAGAGGCGUGAAAGCCAGACGGUUCUAGUGGCUAACCAGAGGAACCUGUUUGCUUAAGAACUACAUUACAAACAAGAGGCUAAAAAAGAAAGAGAAUGCAAUGGGUCACAGAGUGCACACGUCUAUUUAUUUUCAUUUGGGCUACAGGAUGUCUUUUAUUAAUGACUGUUUGGAUUGAUCAAUGUUAAGUAAAGAGUUCUUGCAAAAUCAGGAAUCAUUGGUAUCCAUAAACAUAUUUCAAGAUGCAUUAGGUUUAGUAGUUCCUUCCUUCCAUUUAGUCUCCUAUCCUCAUUUACCCCUCUCCCCAUUUGUAUUAUAAACUUAAAAGCAAGCCAAGCUAAGAUGAGAAAACCUAUUAUAGUCAAAGAUAGCAGUAGGCAAUUGAUAAUGCAAAUAUAUGCGCAUAAGAACAAGAUAAUUCUUUGUUAUCAGCUAUCUCUUUUCAUAGAAUUAUUUGUUUCAAGUAUAUAUAUGUAACAAGAGCUUACCUUGAAUUACUUUCCUGAGAAGCAACUUUGAAAGUGAUUGAGAAGAGGAGCCUAUGAACAAUUCUAUCAUGGCUAAGAGUUGCAAAUAAAUCUGUGUCACUACAGUGGUAAAUAAUUCUACAUUUUUCUUUCCUACAAAAGGCAGGGAAGUACCUAACUUCAGCUGUUUUUCUACUUCAGAUUCCCCUUGAAAAAUCAGCUUAUACUGUACCUGUUAUUUACCUUUGUGUGGAACAAAGAGGUCCUGCCUCAGUACCAUCUCCCAAACUGAAAAUAGCAAUAUCAUUGCAUGCUUCAUUGAUUAGCAUGUUUGCUUGAUUUACAAAGGGCUGCAAAUAAAGCAAUUCCCUUUUUCCUUCUACAUCCAUUUGGCAAACCCAUCUUGAAAUGUUAUUUACCUCCCCAUCAUCAUGCUUUGCCUUUGCUUACUGCCCUCCUCCUCAGCCUUGUCUUUUGCACCAAAGAUUUUUUUAUUAUUAUUCCAAGCUAUUCUGAAUGCUUGGAUAAUGUUGAAAACAGGAAAAUUUUGAAGGUGAUUAGAACACACCUAAAAGUGCCAAAAGCGUGCUCAUGGCUUUCUCCUCCAAUUUUGUGCAUUAUGUUUUCAAUAGAUGAAAAGUUCAUAUACUUCUUUCAUCAACGUAUUUUUUAAGGCCUACAAGUAGCUGCAUUAGUGAAUUCUCAGAUCACUUCUCCACUCUUUGUUUUGUUCCUAAGAAAUGUAUGGUACUUUUUCAAGAGAAAUAUCAAACUUUUUAACAAAAAAUUUGGGUGCUCAGGGGAGAGGGAUUAAUACUUAGACACAAAUUAAUCUCUAUGCUUAUUAGCCCAAAGUAAACAACAAAAUACCUGUAUAGUUAGAAGUCACUUUUUCUGUAAAGUUCAUUAUAAUGCUCUCAUACUUAGCACUUUGGGGUGGUUUUGAUAUUUUUUUUAAUGAACCCUUCAUUUAAAAAAUAAUAAACAAUUUCUGCUGCUAGAGCUUCACAAGGUUUAGUUAUUUCCAUUCUGAUCUGGAACUUUUUGUACAGAUACAUCCCAGAAGACCAGUACAGACAUGAAUAAUACGAAUGCCCAGCCAGAGAUGGCUUCAGUGUAGUUUGUUCAUCCCUGCCCCACUGAAAUUCUAAGGAACACGUGAAACUAGAGAGGAAGUACAAUGAACAAUGCAGAUGGAACUUUUAUCCAGUCCCUGAAAGCUUGUACAAUUACUGAUUAUUAAAUGCAGUUGAACCUCUAAAAGUCUGCUAAUGUUGAACUUUCUGUUCUGCAUCUUUAUUUAAGAAAUGUAUGGGGCAGUGUAUGCAAAAAUUAUGUUAACAACUUAAAAUACAAUAAAAGAUCGUAUGAACCAAGCCUAAAGCGGUAAAAUUUUAAAAAGCUGAAAUCAAACACAAAUUGAAAUAGUAAAAGGUAUAUACAAAU